CAAAGUUUACACUCCGUCUGAGCGCAGUUAAUGACGUGAUAGAGUAAGACUGACCUAGAGAAAACAGAGAAUGAUGUAUAUGGGUUCAUCUUCCAAAAUCCAUCCACUGGAAAAUUCACCGUCUGUGGAUAUGAUACAGGAUAAUCCAUCUACAACAAGCUUCCGGGGCACAGGGAGGCGGAGAUCAUCGAUGGCCCAAUUGAUUUCUAACACACUGCACAUGGGCAAACCAACAAAACCCUCCGCUACGUCGUUACUAGGAGAUCGAGGGAAUUUAGAUAAACGCCAGUCACCAGAGACCGACAGCAUGGAAGACAUGGACCUUAAAGGAAUUCUGCAUUCCGGAGAAAAAACGCACGACCCACUUCAAAGAAACCAUAACAUAAGGGCCAACUUGGGAUUCUUUAAACUCCUCCUCCAUGACUUCAAGAUUUGGAGGAGACGCUGGAAUAACAAGCACAUAGAAAAUCCAUUUUUUCGAAAGGAGAUCAAGGAGAUUGAAAGUAAUUUUGGUUCCAGUAUCGGCGCCCUGUUCGUUUUUACCAGAUGGGUUCUGCUGACGAAUCUGGUUCUCUCCUUUUUCUGGCUUAGUAUGGUUGUGGUUCCCAUGGCGAUAUCAUUCCCUUACAACAACGUAACCCAGGGCUUUGCUCUAGGAAACUUAAUAGACGGCCAGGGAUUGUUGGGGGAGGUGUGGAUGUUUUACGGAGGAUACCAGACCAGGACCCUAGGAGGCUAUUAUUACCUCCCGCUGGCCUACCUAUUUCUUAUCAUCCUUACUUACUACGGGACGCUCUUUGUUAUCCUCAAAAGUAUAGGGGAAGCUGGAUCUUCACAGACCACCACGUCUGCUGAAAGUCGAUUCAAAUUCUCUCUAAUGCUGUUGUCGUCCUGGGAUUAUUCUGUGACGUCACCAGAAGCCAGUCUUAAUCUGUCAAAGAGCAUAAUUAGUAUGCUUAAGGAUCAUAUCUAUGAAGUCAAAGCAAAAGAGGCUGCGGACCAAUCUACAAACAGACGUCAGAUUAUUGCUCUCAGAAUCCUGGCUUGGUUCAUCACAAUACUGAUCAUUGGCGGUGCUUGCUCCACGAUUGUCUUCCUUGUCGUAUAUGUUCACAUCACCGACCAAACCGUAGAUUCCAAAGAUUCAAAUGCUGACUUUAUAAAGGUAUAUGGGACUACCGUCGCAUUCAGUCUCAUCAACCUCCUGGUCCCACCUAUCAUUACUCAGUUGCCAGUGAUUGAAAAAUACGGCAGUGGGAAGGUAGAACUUAGUAUUACCUUGGCCCGUGUGUUCUGUCUUCGGAUGGCCAAUCUCCUGGCUCUCAUUGUUACGCUGUAUAGUCGGCUCACAAAGUUAACUUAUGAUUGCACUGGAACGGUGAUUGGACAAGAACUAUACAAAUUGGUGGUCCUGGAUACUUUCGUUCACGUAUCCGGGCAGUUGGGAAUCAACUACAUCAAAUAUUUCUGGACUAACAAAAAGUCGGAAUUUCUAAUGUCGGGACCAGCCUUGGUUUUAAUUUAUCGCCAAGGUCUUAUUUGGGUUGGCACGCUCGCCUGUCCCUUGCUUCCACUAAUCGGCGUCAUCUCUAACGUGACUUUCUUCUACGUGAAUUACCACGUGGUCCGCGACACCUGUAAACCUCCUCUGAAGCGUUGGAGCCAGUCCCGGAACACGGGGUUUCUUACGUCCUUCUUGUUGAUCACUCUUAUCCUGAUUAUCAUACCGGUAUCAGUCGUCAUCGGAAGUAAGCAGGUGAUCAAUCUAGGUCAGAGCUCUGAUUGUGGACCGUUUGGUCAAGAGAAGCCAACAUCAGUUUAUACCAAGUUUCAGCAACAACAGUCGACGCUUUUACGUCUGAUUAUGAAGUGGGCUAUGUCAGAUUGCGUGCUGAUCCCUGUUUUUAUGUUGAUGUUGGCAUACAUAUUUUAUCAAGGCGUGUUAAUAUCAGGCGGGAGGAAGCAACGCUUGAUUCUUCAGGCAGAACUAUUACAGGAAGCUGAAGACAGUGCAGAGCUCCUAGGAAAAUUACAAGGCAGUCCCAAGUAACUCCAAGUAAAGUUAUGACAUACUCAGUGACGGGUGAUAUACGAGCUUUUGUAACAACGCAGUCAUGUGAUAUACGUACAAGUCGUACGCUCUGUGACGGAUGAUAUAAGAACUUUUAUAACAGUACAUAUUACGUCUAAGUUGUACGCUCUGUGACGGAUGACAUUAACUUUUAUUACAGUACAUAAUUUGUACGAACUGGCUAUCGGGAAAUAAAUGCAAA